AUGUCGGCCGACAUGCUGCGCGUCUGGAACUUUGCAGGGCGGGAGUUGAUGGCUGUGCCCGUUGAAGAGGUGAGCGAUGUACGGGAUUUGAAGAGGCGCCUGCAGCCGCUCUGCGGAUUGCCGCGGUUCCGACAGAGGCUGCUACAUCAUGGCUUGGAUCUGGAGGAUGACGUUGACCUGACUGCGCCAUGUCACGUGCAGCUCGUCUUGCUGCCCUUUUCGGAGGCAUCCCUGGAUGAUCGGAAAGAACUCAUCAGGGCCGCCGGCGCUGGCCAGGUGCCGGAGGUCGAGCUGAUCCUGCAGCGACCGCAGGAUCCGAACCUGGCGCAUGAAGGAGACGCGUCCACGCCCUUUUCAACGCCGCUGCUCCAAUCAUCAUUCCGCGGUGACUUGGACGUGGUUCGUUUGCUGAUUGAGGCCGGCGCCGACGCGAAUCAGGCCAGCUGCCAGGGGCAUGGAGAGACUCCCCUCUUGUUGGCCUCGACUUUUGGCCACCUGAACGUGGUGCGGUCUCUACUGGAGGCGGGCGCCGAGGUUGACAGGCAGGUCAAAGGGCUGACAGCUCUGUGGGUGGCUUCUCAGAGGGGACACGUCCAGAUUGCGCGCACACUCCUGGCGUGGGGAUCGGACGCCCGGAAGGCCAACAGCAAUCUGGAAUCACCUCUCUGGGUAGCUGCCGAGCAGGGUCAUGUGGAGAUCGUUCAGGAGCUGCUCCUGCACGGCUGCGCGAAGAAUGCCCGGAAUCGCCGUGGCGAAAGUGUUCUCUGGGUCGCCUGCCAACACGGCCGGCUGGAGGUAGUUCAGAUCUUGCUGCAAGCCAGAGUCAGCACCGGCCAAACGGACGAUUGCUGGCAGCGCUCGCCUCUUUGGGUGGCAAGGCAGCUCCAGCAUGUGGAGAUCGAGCGAAUGCUGCUCGAGUCCGGCGCGCGGAGGUGA